AUGAUAAAUUUAAAGGAGGACGAAAAAGAUCCAUACAAAACCUAUAGAAACAAGAGUGAAGUUCCUUUUGAUCGAAAAAAUUUUGACGACUUAAAAAAAAGCAUUGAAAAUUUACUAAACGAUGAAAAAACAACAUCUGAAUUAGAUAACAUAAAAAAAUCAUUGUUAGAGUUGGAAUUAUCUACACAAAAUAAUAAUGAAUCCAAUUAUGUCCUUAACAAAGAAUCAUUAAUUCGUUUUGAUGAUGAAAAAACGUUCGAGGAAAUAAAGAAGGAGCUUGAGAAGCAAAAGCGGAUGAACAACUCUUUAUCCUUAAAAAUAAAAAGCAUACACAUAAAAUUGAAUAAUAUAUAUAUGAAAAGAAAUGAAGUAGAAAAAAGUAUUACCGAUAAAAUUCGACAAAUCGAAAUUAAAUAUUCAGCAUUAAAUGAGGAAAGUAAAGAGGAAGACGAUACUGUAGAUACAAGAAACGAUGGUGAUUGCUUAGAACCCAAAGGGAAUGAACAUUUUGAAACAUCAGAGAAAAACGAAAUUGAAAAAUUAAAAAAAGUUUUAAAUGAAUAUGAAGAAGAUUUAAAAUGUUUAAAAAAUGAUAAAGAGAAAAAGUGCUAUGAAUUAAAAUGUAGUAAAAAAGAUUUAGAAGAAGAAAUAAAAAAAAAUAAUGAAUAUACAAAUAAAAUAAAAUGUUAUGAGAUGAAUGCUAAUAUAUAUAAAAAUGAUAAUUUAAAAAAACUUCAGGAAAUAAAUGAAAUAAAAAUAGAGUUAGAAAAUUUAAGAAAUAUAUAUAAUGAUACAUAUGUGAAAAAUAAAUUAUUAUCUAAUGAAAAAAAUGAGUUAACCCUAAUUAAUAAUGAUCUAAAAUUGGAACUAAAAAGUGUUAAAACCGAUUUAGAGACCUCAAAAAAUAAAGAAAAUAUUCUUAACAAAUGUACAAACAAAAUUCAUAACAUUCUGAUAUAUUUAAAAAAAAAUAAUGAUCAAAAUUUUGAAUAUGAGACAUUUGAAAAUAAAUUAGACAAAACCAAUGAUAAACUCCUAAUAAAUGCAGAUAAAGAUAUCGAUGAAAUUUAUUCAUCCAUACAAAAUCUGAUUAAUAUGAAAAAAUAUUACGAGGAAAAAAAACAAGAAUUGGAAGAAACUAAAAAUGAAAUUGAAGUUGUUAAGAAUAAUUUUAUGGAACGGUGUAAGAGCUAUGAAGAAAUGAAAAUGAAAAUGGAAAAAUUAAAACUUUUAGAAAAAGACAAUUUAAAAAUAUGCAAUGAUAAAAAAAAUGAUGAAAAAAGAAUAAACGAAUUAAAAGAUAAAUUAACAAAAGAAGAAAAUAAAAUAAUUGAAUUAAAAAAAAAAAAUUAUUACAAUGUUUUUAAAUUAAAAGACUUUAAGGAAAAGGAACAAGAUAUGAUUGAUGAAAUAAAAAAGUUAAGAAAACAUAUUAAAGAAUAUAAAAUAUGUUUUGAAAAAAGUAGAAAAAUUAAUAAAAAUAAACUAAAAUAUAUGAAAGGGAAAAAUAAAAGAUUAUUAAACAAUAUACAUGGAAUAAAUUUUGAAUUAAAAAAAUGUAUAAGUAAAAUAAAUCAAAUUAAUAAAAACACAGAGAGUUUAAAAAGAGAGAAAGAAAAUGUACAAAAAGAAAUAUAUUUCAUAAAAAAAAAAAAUGAAAAAUUACAACAGGAACUAAAAGAAAUAGAAAUAGAAAAGAAAAACAAAGAAUCAAAAGCACAAACAUUAAAUAGUAAUAUAUAUAAAGUAUGUACAGAAUUAAAUAAGCAAAAUAAGGAAUAUAAGGAAAAUAUAAAACGGUUGUGUUGUUGUAGAGAUGAGUUAAAAGAUGCUCUUAAAAAAAAAUCGUGUAAAUUUAUUUUAUUAAAGAAAAGUUGUUAUUAUUUAAAAAAAAAAAUCCAAAAACAAAAUAAUGAAUUAAAAAAACAUUUAAAUAUAAUUAAAAAACAGGAGCUAGCCAUAAGUAAUUGUUCAGAACAAAAUAAAAAAUUAAGUGAAGAGUUAAAAGGACAUGACUUGUUAAUAAAAUCUAGAGAUAAUAAAAUAAAAAUUUUAGAAAAUAAUUUAAUAAAAAACCAAGAAAUUAAUCAUAUCCAAAUCAAGGAAAAUGCUAAUGCUAUUAGACAUGGUGAAAUGGAAUUAAAAAAUAUAAAUGAACAAAGAGAAAAAUUACAUGAACAAAACAAAAAGCUAAAUGAGCUAGUCGACAAUUUAAAAAGUCAGCUAAUCAAAGAAGAAAUAAAAAAUACAGAAAUGAAUAAAAAUAUAUACACUAUUAAAAAUGAAAACAAGCAAAUUAUACAAGAUUAUGAGCAAAAACUACAAAAUAAGGAAACAUACAUAGAGAAUAUUAAAAAUGAGUUAAAAAAUGCCAGAGAAAAAAUUGAGAAAGAAUAUGAUUUGCACACACAAGAGGAUAAAAAAAUUAUGAACAGCAAGGUAGAAAAGAUGACCAAUGAAAUAAAUGAACUAAACAAAAUAAAAAAUUCGUAUGACGUUGAAAUUAAAAAAUUAAAUUUACAACUAAAAGAGAAAGAAAGUGAAAAUGAGAAAUUGGCUAGUUCCCUAAAAGAAAAGGAAAAUGUCAUACAAGAUUUAAGAAAUAAAAUAAAAGAAAUUGAAGAGUGUGGAAAAUUAGAAUUGGAAAAAAAAGAAUAUGAAAUAAUGAUAAAAAAAAUGGAAGAAGAAAAUAAAAGACAAAAAGAAGAAAUUACACAAAAAUCAAACCAAGACAAAAUUGAGUUUGAAGAAAAAAUAAAAUCAAUUCAAGAACAUAAUAAAGUAAUGAUAGAAGAAUUGAAAAAAAAAUGGAAAGAAGAUAAGGAAAAUUAUGAAGAAAAAAUAAAAAAUAUUAAUGAAAAAAAUAAUAGUAUCAUUGAAAAAAUUCAAGAGGAUUGUAAAAGUCAAAUAAAAAGAGUUACAGACUUAUGUAAUGUUAAAACGAAAUCAGAAAUAGAUAGAUUAAACAAUGAUGAAAAGUUACAAAAACAAAUUAAAGAAUAUUCAAUUAUGUUAAAUAAUAAAGAUGAAGAAAUUAAAAAUAUUAUUAAUAUGUACGAUGAAAAAUUACAAUUGCAAAAUGCUGAAAUGGAAAAUCUAGUAAAUGAAUGUGAAGAAAAAUUAAAAAAAGCAAAAAUAACUAAAAAACAAAUGUCAGAGAAGGAUAGCAAAGAAGACAUAACGGCAUCAGAGUCUGCCUACAAAGUUGGGGAAAGGGAGGAAAAAGUGGAAGAGAGGGAAGGUAAAGUAAAGGCGAGAGAGGACAAAGUUGUAGAAAGAGAAAGCAAAAUAAAGGCUAGAGAAAACAAAGUUGAAGAGAGAGAAGGAAAAGUAAAGGUGAGAGAGGACAAAGUAGCGGAAAAGGAAGGCAAAUUAAAGGCGAGAGAAAACAAAGUUGAAGAGAGAGAAAGCAAAGUAAAGGCGAGAGAAGAUAAGGUGGCGGAAAGGGAAGUGCAUGCAGUAGAGAAAGAAGCACACUUAAUAGAAAAGGAAGCAAAUAUAAUGGAAAUAGAAAUUGAAUUAAAAGACAAAGAAGAUAAAAUAAAGAAAUCACAAGAUGAAUUAAAUGAAAAAAGUAAAAUUUUAAAUAAUACAAAAUUAGAUAGACCAAAUAAUGUUACAGUUCAAGGAAAUAAAAAUGAAUCAAACAGUGAAGGAGCAGGAGAAGAGAAUAUCUCAGAUAAAAAUAGCAACAUAGAGGUCGAAGAAAAGAAAGAAAAAAAGAAAAAAAAAAAAGAAAAAUCGAAAAAUGGUAAGAAGGGAGAAAAAAAUAAUAAAGAUGAAUUAUUGACGCUAGAAUUGUUAGAAGAAAAAUAUCUUAACAUACAAAAUGAGCUAAUAGAAGGAAAAACAAGUCAUUGUGUUUACUUAAAAUCUCUAAUUAAAACGCUGGAUGAAAUUAUUGAAAUGCUUAAUGCAAAAAAAAGCACAGCAUUAGAUACCCAAACACUAGAUAACCAAACAUUAGACACGUCCACAUUAAAUACUACAUUAAUAAAUGAUACAACAAUAACUGAUGCUAUUAAUACAAUCAAUUAUGCUAUUUCAUCGUGGAACAUAUUUGGUGAUACCAGCACAACUAAUCCAAUAGAAAAUGAUCAAACAUUAGGAGAAGAUAUAAAUUCAAUUUCAAAUUUUGAUGAAAAAAGUAGUGAAGAUUUAAAAAAUAUCGUUACCGAAAAACUUCAGUUAAUUAAACAAAUGAUUGAAUAA